AUGAAUGGAACAGCCAUUGAAAAUUUUGUUUGCGUCAUUUUUAAUGUUUCCUUCAUGAACUGCACUUGGCUUGUGGGCAGGACUGCUUCAGGAGAUGAUACCCAAUAUUUCCUGUACUGGAAGAACUCAAUGAAUGAAGAUUUCACAGGAUGUCAGAAUUACAUCAAAGACAAUUAUGGAAGGCACACAGGAUGUAGAUUCAAAAAUGUGACAAUAGAAAAUAAGAGAGCUUCCUUCCUUGUAAAUGUGUCUAGAAGUGGACAAAACAUUCAGGUGUAUAACACAACGAUUUCUCUGUACCAAAUUGAAAAACUUACCCCUCCAUUAAAUGUCACUGUGAACUGUACAGAAGUUUCUCAUGGUUGUGAAAUUCGGUGGCAACCACCUCGCACAAGUCAUGUGAAAAGACAUGCUUGUUUCAAAUAUGAAAUUGUUAUAGAAAACAAGGUAGAUCCUGAGGAAAACAUUAAAACUACAUCUAAAACAGAAAGAAGCAUCACAGGAAACUCUUACAUAUUUGGGAGCUUCAGUGCACAAAAAAAGUACAGCGUCAAAAUUAGAGCAACUGACAAUGGUUGUUUUGUGAGCACAAGCUGGGGAGAGUGGAGUACACCCAUAGAGUUUGGAGAAGAACAACUUUCAUCUACUUCAUCAUACAUAUUAUUUCUGAUAUCAGUGCUGGCAGCAAGUCUUAUACUUUUUCUCUGCGUAAUAAUCAUUUAUUUGAAAAAAACCUCUGCUACAGUACCACAGCCAAGAGACCCAUUCCAUGAGCUCUCUCCAAUGGAUUUCCAGACAGAAUAUAAGAAUCAAUUAAUAAAGAAUGAAACUGAAGAAAUAACAAUUCUUGAAGAAGUGCCAUAG